AAAAUCUUUGGUUUCCAGCUCCCUUGCAAAGGUAACUCGGCUUAGUUGGUUUUUUUUGCUAAUGAAUGGCUUUUUUCGGGCUACUCGGCCAUUGAAGUCAUGCGCACGUAGUACCCGACGCACAGUUUCAGCACAAAAUGAUUUCCCUAGCUCCUCCUGAAUCUGUGUACUUAACUUUGGAACUGAUAGUCUCGGGUAAAUACUGGGGGCAAAAUUGAUGUGCUACGUAUACGAAAAAGCCUUCGUGAUCACUCAAAUCCAUUCCAGCUUCCAAAUGCAAAGUAAGCCAUAGUUUUUUCACAAUUGAAUUGCUUUUUAAUAAUGUUUAUUGCAGAUUCAUAAGUUAUUUUCGAUUAAAAAAAGAAGCAUUUUUUUUUACUGAAUGAGAUGAAGGAACAUUUCCACAAACGUGUGCAAGGAUCGGCCAUACCUCCUAUAUUAAAAUUAUGCGCAACUCUGCGUUUCCUUGCUGACGGUGGUUAUCAAAAAUGCAGUGGAAAUGAUUUUAACAUUGGGUUGGCGCAACCUACGAUAUCUUUAGUAAUUAAAGAGGUUCUAAAUAUAAUUGAAAAACGUAUUUGUGCCCAAUGGAUUAAAAUUCAAAUGACUGAGGAGGAGCAAAACGCUUCAAAAGUUUCAUUUUAUUCAAAAAGUGCUUUCCCGGGAGUAGUUGCAUCGACGGAACUCAUGUUCGCAUAAUUUCACCAAGAAAAGAAGUGCAACAUCUUUAUCUUAACAGAAAGGGCUACUACAGUUUAGACGUGAUGAUUCUUUGUGAUUAUAAAAUGUCUAUUCGGUAUGUGGAUGCUAGGCAUGCAGGCGCAAAUCAUGACUCUUUUGUUUUCAAUGUUAGCGAUUUGAAAGUGCAUUUACAGAACAACAUACCGAAUAACACUUGGAUCUUGGGCGACGCUGGCUAUCCUCUGCACAAAUUUUUAAUGACGCCUUAUCGCAUGGCGGAAGCUUCUUCACCCCAAGCACGCUACAAUACAGUACACUCAAAGGUCCGGAAUAUUGUAGAGCGGACAAUUGGUGUACUCAAGAGUAGAUUUCGAUGUCUUUUAUCUGUACGAGGUUUACAUUACACUCCUCAAAAGGCUACGCAAAUUGUGAAUGCUUGUUGCGCAUUGCACAAUAUUUUCCAACACUUUCAAGUGGAAUCUCCGGAAGAAAUACCAUCUACUUCAAAUACUACAAUGACCAAUGAUGUUUUGGACAUAGAAAGAGAAGAAGAGGAUACGGCUCGAAUAAUUCGCAAUAAUAUUAUGACUUCCCUCUAAAUAAUUAAAAUAUUAAAUUUCAUUUAUUCUUUCUAAUGUGCUAUUUAU